UAGCUUGCCGCCGCCACCGCCGAGCUAGCGUCCGGACCGGAGCCGCCGAGGAGCGAGGAGCGCAGCGUCCUGCCGUCCCGACCCCGAUCCCGAUCCCGACCCCGGCCGGGACCCGCGCCGCAGCCGGCACCGCCGACGCUCGCUUUCGCAUGUUGCUCUGGAGAUACCGGCCGGCCGGAGGAGCGGGAGCAUCUUUUGCCGUCGCUGUGGUUCAGCCCCUGAGCCAAAUGCAUCUUGACAUUAGGAAAGGAAUACAUUUGCUCAGCCCUUGUAACCCCGCUGCGGCUAUCCCCAGGUGUCUUUUCGACGACCCCGCGCCGGUGCUGGAGGCUGCCCGGAGCUUGGAGGACCGGCUGCAGCAGCUCCAGCGCCUCGAGCCCCCCAACCCGCCCCCCAAGGACCUCGGCCGCCAGUGGAAGAAGCACCCGGAGCCCGGCGGCACCCAAGCGCGGCGCGAGGCAGCGUCUCCGGCCGGGCUCACCGCGGCGGACGAGAGCGGGCUCGCCGGCGCCGACGGCUCAGCGCUUUUCGCAGAAACCUCGCUGCAGAGAAAUGAGGCAGAAAAGCAAAAGGGGCUGCAGGACGCGCAGGUCACUCUGGCCGCUCGCCUGGGCGAAGCCGAGGAGAAGAUCAAGGUGCUGCACUCAGCGCUGAAGGCGACCCAGACGGAGCUGCUCGAGCUGCGGUGCAAAUAUGACGAGGAAGCCGCCUCCAAGGCCGACGAGGUGGCGAUGAUCAUGACGAACCUGGAGAAAGCCAACCAGCGAGCGGAGGCGGCUCAGCGGGAGGUGGAGAGCCUGCGGGAGCAGCUGGCCUCCGUGAACAGCUCCCUGCGCCUGGCCUGCUGCUCGCCGCAGGGGGCCGGCGGGGACAAAGUGCACUAUUCCCUGUGCUCAGGGCCGAGGCUGGAGGCGGCGCUGGCCGCCAAGGACCGGGAGAUCCUGCGGCUGCUCAAGGACGUGCAGCACCUCCAGGGCUCGCUGCAGGAGCUGGAGGAGUCCUCGGCCAGCCACAUCGCCGAGCUGGAGGGGCAGCUGGCCGCCAAGAACGAGGCCAUCGAGAAGCUGGAGGAGAAGCUGCAGGCCCAGGCCGACUACGAGGAGAUCAAGACAGAGCUGAGCAUCCUGAAAGCGAUGAAGGUGGCGUCCGCCAGCUGCAGCCUGCCGCAGGCAAGUGCCCGGCCCCGCGCCCGCCGCCGCCGCCGCCCUGCCCGCUCGCCCCCCAACCCUCUCCCGCCUCCGUCUCUCUCUUCCCAGAGCGUCUCGAAGCCGGAGGAGGCUCUGCUGCUGGGCAAGGAGGCCUUCUACCCCUCCCAGAAGUACCUGCUGGAGAAGCCGAGCCUGCUCGCCAGCGCUGAGGAGGAUCCCUCCGAGGACGAGGCGGUGAGGGAGUCCCUGGGCCUGGAGCAGCCGUUCCCGUCCCCGCAGCGGCUCGCGCACGCCCCGGCCGACGAGCCCGCCUCGCCGGCGCCCGGCCCGCCGCCCCACGGCCCCGGCCCGGCCCCCGAGGGCCAGCGGACGUUCUCGCUGUCCCCCUUCGCCGGCGCGGCGCCCGGCGAGAGGCUCCCGGCGGACGCGCCGCUCCCCAGGCCCGUGGCGCCGGCCGGCUACAAGAGCGAGGGUGCCGCGGGGCCGCCCUUCGCCUCCGCCUACUUCGCCGGCAAGGGCAGCGGCGGCGGCACCGCGGCGGCCAGCGACGCCGGCGAGCCGUGCGAGGGCGGCGCCGCCGACGAGGAGCAGCUCGACACGGCCGAAAUCGCCUUCCAGGUGAAGGAGCAGCUGCUGAAGCACAACAUCGGGCAGCGGGUCUUCGGCCACUACGUGCUGGGGCUGUCGCAGGGCUCCGUCAGCGAGAUCCUGGCCCGGCCCAAGCCCUGGCGCAAGCUGACGGUGAAGGGCAAGGAGCCGUUCAUCAAGAUGAAGCAGUUCCUGGCCGACGAGCAGAACGUGCUGGCGCUGAGGACGAUCCAGGUGCGACAGAGAGGUAGCAUCACGCCACGGAUCAGGACGCCAGAAACCGGCUCCGACGAUGCCAUCAAAAACAUCCUGGAGCAGGCGAAGAAGGAGAUCGAGUCGCAGAAGGGAGGCGAGCCCAAAACCGCCUCGGCCCCGCAGGCGGUCGCCAACGGCUCCGGCUCCGGCUCCGGCGGCUCGGAGGACGCCAUCAAGAGCAUCCUGGAGCAGGCGCGGCGGGAGAUGCAGGCGCAGCAGCAGGCGCUGCUGGAGAUGGAGGCGGGGGCCGGGGGGGCCGGGGGCACGCCGCCCGCCGAGCGCGCCACGCUGGCCGCCGUCAGCCAGAACAUCGUGCAGGCCUACAUCAAGCAGGAGGAGGGCGGCGGGGCCGGGGCGGGGGCCGGGGCUGGGGCCGGGACCGGGGCGGCUCCCCUCGCCGUGCUCUCGCCCGCCGCCUUCGUCCAGAGCAUCAUCCGCAAGGUCAAGUCGGAGAUCGGCGACGCCGGCUCCUACUUCGACCAGCACUGGGCGGCCGAGCGGAGCCUGCUCAGCCGGCCCUACGCCUCCGUGUCGCCCUCGCCCUCCUCCUCCUCCUCGAGCUACUCCAGCGUGGCCAACGGCCGGGCCUGGCCCCGCGGCGACGCCGGCGAGGGCGGCGCCAACGACGAGGAGCCGCCGGCGGCGGACGAGGAGCCGCACAGGGCGACGGAGGUGAAGUCGGAGGGCGCCGAGCCGCCGGCCGCCGGCCGCCUCUCCUACUACCCGGCCUACGUGCCGCGGACGCUGAAGCCCACGGUGCCGCCGCUGACGCCGGAGCAGUACGAGCUGUACAUGUACAGGGAGGUGGACACGCUGGAGCUGACGCGGCAGGUCAAGGAGAAGCUGGCCAAGAACGGCAUCUGCCAGCGGAUCUUCGGGGAGAAGGUGCUGGGCCUGUCGCAGGGCAGCGUGAGCGACAUGCUGUCGCGGCCCAAGCCGUGGAGCAAGCUGACGCAGAAGGGCCGGGAGCCCUUCAUCCGCAUGCAGCUGUGGCUGACGGACCAGCUGGGCCAGGGCAUCAGCCAGCAGCCCACCCCCUCGCAGGCCAGCCCCGCGGAGGCCCGGUCGUCCCCCUCGCCGCCACCCAGCCCCUCGGAGCAGGACAAGGGCUCCCAGGAGCCGCUCGCCCUCGCCCUGGAGAGCAGCAAGGAGAACCAGCAGCCCGAGAGCCGCUCGGCCUCCGCGCUGAGCGGGAAGACCUGCCCCAACAGCCAGGGGCCCGUGGGCAUCCAGGAGAUCGUCGCCAUGUCCCCCGAGCUGGACACCUACUCCAUCACCAAGAAGGUCAAGGAGGUGUUGACGGACAACAACCUAGGCCAGCGGCUGUUCGGGGAGAGCAUCCUGGGCCUGACGCAGGGCUCGGUGUCCGAUCUCCUCUCCAGGCCCAAACCGUGGCACAAGCUGAGCCUGAAGGGGAGGGAGCCCUUCGUCCGCAUGCAGCUCUGGCUCAACGACCCCCACAACGUCGAGAAGCUCCGCGACAUGAAGAAGCUGGAGAAGAAAGCCUACCUGAAGCGUCGCUACGGGCUGAUCGGCGCCGGCUCGGACAGCGAGUCGCCCGGCGCCCGCUCCGAGUGCGCCAGCCCCAGCCUCCAGCCGCAGGAGCUCAGCCUGCUGCAGAUCAAGAAGCCCCGGGUGGUCUUGGCGCCGGAGGAGAAGGAAGCCUUGAAGAAGGCCUACCAGCUGGAGCCCUACCCCUCGCAGCAGACCAUCGAGCUGCUCUCCUUCCAGCUCAACCUCAAGACCAACACGGUCAUCAACUGGUUCCACAACUACAGGUCGCGGAUGCGCCGGGAGAUGCUGGUGGAGGGCGCCCAGGACAACGACACGGACCCGGAGGCGAGCGGCGGGGCCGGCCCCGCACCCUCCGGCGCCCGGCCGCCGAGCCCCGGCUCCGAGGGCGAGGAGCCGAAGCCGGCGCCGGCGGAGGACGAGCCCCCGCCGCAGGUGAAGGAGGAGCGAGCCGAGGCCGGCGAGCGGGGUGGCUGCCGCGGCCGCCGGGACUCGUGCAGCCCGGCCGGUGAGCCGGAGCCGGCCGCAGCUCGGGACGCGGCCCCCGGCGCCGGCGGCCUCCCCGCCAGCUUCAAAUCCGCCUCGGAGUCGUCCCGCUGCAGCCUCGAGCUCUCCCUCAACUCGCCCUCGGCGGCCUCCUCGCCCGGCCUCGCCGCCUCCGGCUCGCCCCUGCCCUGCUCCGCCGGGCCCCUCUCGCCGGCGCUGCCCCCGGCCCCCGGCCCCCGGCUCAGCACCAGCGUCCAGCGGCGGCACGAGAAGAUGGCCAACCUCAACAACAUCAUCCACCGCCUGGAGCGGGCCGCCAACCGCGACGAGGCCCUCGAGUGGGAGUUCUGAGCCCCCGCCGGAGCCUAUAUCUAUAUAUAUACAUCACACACACACAUAUAUAUAUAUUUUGUUAAAUUCACCGCGUACGGAGAGGCGAACGGCGACCCGACCUGUCUGACGGAGGAGGAGGAGGAGGAGGAGGAGGAAGGGGAGCGCAGCCCGCGCCCGGUGGAAGGGGCCGAGAGACCCCGCUACGAACCGCCCCCGAGCUUUGUUUUAAAUGUGAAAAACUGGGAACGAUUUUAGAAAAAAAAAAAAAAAAAGAAUAUUUAUAGACCUCUUUUAGAUAUUUUAAUAAAAGGAUACUUUGGAAUUUAUUAACAGCUUAAGCUGCUUUGAUAUUAAAGAUAGCUAUAAAAUCAAGAUGAUGUAGCAGUUGUGUCAUUAAAUGUACACUGAAGUCUUGUAGUUUGCCACUGGAUGAGAUUAAAAAACGAACCUAAAAAAAAAAAAAAAACCACAGGAAAGACUGAGCAAAGCCAUCGAGAAGCACUAUGAGACUGACCAAACGGAGUAAACUUUUGGCAUCGCGGUUUUCCACGUCCGUCUGUAAGACACUGCGUUACUUCUGCCCCAUCCGAGACUGUGCCGUAGUCCGUGAAGACUCUAAAUCGCAACCCGGGAUGCCAGCGAGUGUGUAUUUAGUCCUGGUGGUAUGUUUUGAAACCUUUGUAACACAGAAUGUCACGUGCCGUUGUAUAUGUCGUAGAAAUGUCUGCAAUAGCCUUCUUGAACACGAUGUAGCAUGGUGCAUACGCGCUCCCUCGCACUCCCUCUACCAGCGCCGCGGCAGCAGACCACGGCUCGCGACGGGGCGGCUCUCGGUCCGGUUAAAAAAGGAGAAAAAACGCCAACCCAACCCAAGCGAACGACGUGACCUGCGUCACCGGCGCUGGGAGAGCGCGACGGGAGAGGUCCCUGCUGCGAGACGUCCCGGGCCGCGCCGGUUUGCUGGGAGAGCCUUCCCGGCGCGAUGCCCCGGCCGGAGCCCGUCCCUCCGUAGCUUUUGCCCGGUUUGAAAGGAAGAGCGAAAGAGAAGGAGCUGCUGAGCUUUGCCCCCUCGAGCACCGGUGCUUGGGGACAAGCCCUCAAAAAACGCAACCGCCGGCUGCGCGGCUGGGCGGGAGGUGCUUCCCGCGGCCACGUCUCCUCCGCCGGAUCCGGCUUUGGAGGCUGAAGCACUUUUCUCGGUCCCUCGGCCCCUCCCGCGGCUCCCGCAUGCCGUUGGUGAACGGGGCCGUGAGUUGCGUCGCGCUGUUCCCUCCGGUUUCCAUUUCUUCAUUUUCUUGACGCAUUUUUUGCAAGCGCCGAAAGCCGGCGGGGUCCGUCCCCCCCCCGCCGCGCGCAGCCUCCGCGAGCCCCCGCACGCAGCAGCAGACCACCGCGGCCGGGCUCCCAGGCUGUGCAUUGAAGAGUUUUCCACUGUAUACGUUUUUAUCAGAAUAGAAGGUAUUUUUAUAUUUUGCUGGUAGUUAACGACCAAUUUUAAAAGCAAGCCCGCUGGGCUCUACGGAGGCGGGGGGGCUCCACCGGCCGCGGUGCUGCGGGGGCCGCGGUGCUCUCCGGGCCGGCACCAGCUUGCGCACGGCGACUCUUCUUGCUGCUCCGGGGCCCGCGGGGACUGCUGCUCUCCUCGGCCGGCUCCUUUUAGCUUUAGCGGGACGGGACCCGGUUAAGCGCUUCGGCCGGGCUCUCGCGCGCGGGGAUCCCGUUGUGCCGGAAUCCCGCGGGACGCGCGGAUGGCGUUGCGUUGGGCUCGCGCGCUGCGCUUCCCAAGUUUCUACGAGAGCGAUGAACUUUGUUAACGAAUUUUGGAAGGAACAAGUUCUGUAAAGAGCCACUAAAUACAGACGUUGGAUAAGA